UCUUAAUUGAAUGAAUUGAUGAGUCGUUGUGUAUCGCCUGGACUUUAUCCGGGCAGUUUCGUGGCGCGAGGGGUGGAUUGGCAUAAUGUGCGUAGAGACGCGGUCAUAACAUGCCGUCACAUCAUUCUCCAGCAAAUUUUGGGUGUUUAUCACAGUCUUGGGAGUCACCAAUGUUUGUCGGAUCGCCUCGCGUUUGGAGAGAAUGGAAGAAUGUAAUGAGAACAUUUGAGGAACUAGUAGAGCAAUAUGAAGCUGAAGCAGCGCAAGUAGACAAAUCGUCUGUGAUCAGCCUUGAGGCGAAUAUCACAAGAUCUCUUUGUAUUGUUAUCGCUUCCAAACCACUUUUGGCUCGGUCGUUGAUGAGCCCAUGGCUACGAGUCAUUGGACUAUCUCAAUCAAAUAUCCAGUAUUUGGAGUCCACCGGUGUUAUCGAUCUCAACGUGCUCUUCAAAAAGUCGGAGAAAGAUCUGCGAUUUCUUGCCGAUCGUGGUCAGUUCCAAGAUGAGGUAAAGCGAAAGUUUGUUCGAUCAACAGUCGCGGCACAUAAAUGCCUGGAAGCGUUCAAAGCUGCGCGGGAACGUGGCGUUGACGUAACUCCGUUUGCUGACCAGCAACUUUCGUGGUCUGCGUGUUCUCCGCCUUGUGGUAAAAAAGGAACUUCGUGGCGUGCUAUCAGCGCAGAGUCUGCCAGUCCCCCAAGUCCUCGGUUCAUUGUCACACCUGUGGACGCAGAAGAAUCGCCACUAGAGCGAGAUUCACCAUCGGAUCCGAUCCGAGAUUCAUUAGGUUCAAUAUCCGUGGCUUCUGCUUCGCAUAGCAGAAGUGCAUCUGGGAGCGGUGGUUCAUUGGCCGUCUCUGUAUCCUCGUUUGGUGGUGUCACAUAUCGUGGUCACACACUUUCGCCUCCGUCACCUCUUGGCUGUGGAAGUACACAAUCAACACCAACCCUGGGGGCAAGUAGUCGUGUGGUGCAAUCUACGAGCAUGCAGUUUGGCGCGCAAAAGUCGCCCAAACCUUCAAGGCUCGUCCAUGCUAUACCGCAUAAAUGGACGAAGACGACAAAGUUCAGGCUGAAUAGUGAUUCAGUCUGUCAUUUUUGUCAACGGCCUCUUGGAUUUGGUUUCCUGCAUGCAUGGGAGAAAUGUCGCUCAUGCAAAUGGAAAGUGCAUACACAUUGUCGAAGUCGUAUCGGAGACUCAUGCGGGCUAACACCUGAACACUUGCGAAUUCUUUUUGACAAGCUUGUCCAACAGAAUAACGGAGAUAUUUGGAAUGAUCCACAAAGUGCGGUGCCCAUGUCACGGUCCCUAAACGAACCAGCUUUUCAAUAUCCUGACUCGGCAAUGGGAAUAGGAGACAGCUCAUCGUCGACAAAUAGUUCAGCACCAAGUACACCAGCGCUACCACUCGGUGGUCUCAGUCAUGUGAGCAGUCCUUACGCUCUUGCUACAGCUCCUUCGAGAACCAGUGAACGCAAGUUCACUUUUCCGGAUGCUGUCCCGGAAGUGCCGGACAUCGUCUUGCCUGAUAUGAGUGAUAGCGAAGGGCGCACAUCCGAUUGGACCAGUAGCACAACUGAUUAUGGUGAAGGCCCGUCAUCAUUGAACUCUCGACUAGGAGAGGGUAGUGAGGGCACGGUUGUCAUUGAUUCAACUGGCAGCGGAGGGACUGAAGUGGGUGCGAGUGAUAGUUCUACCGGUGGAAAAUCGCCUCUAGGAAACCACACAUGGGAUAGAAAUAGAUGGAACAUGAGCACGAUUCGAGGUCCAAAUGCGCAGGCUAGUUGGAAUGAAGUCGCAAUACCCUUCCACAAAAUUGAUUUUGACAAGAACGCUGUCGUACAUGGGCGAUUUGGAUAUGUUCAACGAGGAUAUCAUUUUGGUGAUGUAGCAAUAAAAUUCCUCAACAUGAACCAUGUUGAAGAAGCUAGGCGACUAGAUGAGUUCAAGUCGGAAGUAGCGGCCCACAAGAACACUCGACAUGACAAUAUAGUGCUAUUCCUUGGUUAUUGUCUUGAGGCAGACAAAUAUGGCAUUGUGAUGAGUUAUUGCAAGGGACCGUCAUUACACUAUCUUUUACAUGAAAAGAGUGAACCCCUUGAUAUAGGGGCCGCACUUGUGAUAGCUACUCAGAUUUGCCAGGGUGUCUCAUAUCUUCAUCAAAAGAAGAUUAUUCAUAAGGAUCUCCGCUCGAAAAACAUCUUUAUUGAAAGCAAAAACAAGGUUGUUAUCACCGAUUUUGGACUCUUCAGCAUGGGACGAUUACGCUAUCCACGAAGGAAUAACGCUAUAUGGACACCAUCACAUUGGUUGGCGUAUCUAGCACCAGAACUGAUCCGGUUAAUUGAUGAGGAGUGUAGCGAUUUACCAUUUACCGAAAGCACUGACGUGUUUGCGUUCAGCACUAUCUGGUUUGAAUUAUUGACAUCCUCCUUCCCCUUUGCUGGAGAGUGUUCAGACCGCAUCAUUUGGAUGGUUGGGAAUGGUUUAAAAGCGCCAUUAUACAAUAUGAAUGCAUCACCCGACGUGAAGGAGCUAUUGUUGCGUUGCUGGAGCUUCACGGAUACGAACCGUCCUUCGUUUACUGAAAUCUUAGCCGCGCUCAACGCUUUGCCGCGAAAACGACUUGAUCGAAGUCCGUCCUUCCCAGCUAUUCGAAGUUACGAGUCGAUUUUCUAA